AUGUGGGGCGGGCGAUACAGCAGUGAUUGCAUUUCUGCGUUGUUGACAGCGUUUGGAGAUGAAAAGAGGGAUCCGGAAGGACAACGGCCAAGCAGACGAGCUGGUGUCCGACGGUUGUUCGCCAUUAUCGGUAAACCACAUCUUACGAGUGAUAUCAAUCUGCCUGCACGGCGUUUGCUUUUCUUCCGAUCACAUCACUGUGAUAAUUCCACUAUACACUUCAUAAAACACAAACUUUUGCAACCGCAAUUGCUGCUGCAAUGCCUGAAAAAAUAG